AUGGACGCGCAAGGUAACGCGCCUAACAACCAGAACGUCGUUGACAACGCGAACCCAGUCGUCGACGCCAUCGCGAACAUGCGGCUUCCGGCAUUUUGGAAGCGCUCCCCGACCCUGUGGUUCAAUUACGCGGAGUCCACGUUCGUAACGCAUCGCGUCACUGCCAACGCGACCAAAGUACAUUUCGUCGUCAGCGCUCUAGAUGAAGAAGCAGUGCGAAACAUCGGCGACCUUCUGAACGCGGCCGCCUCCUACUCCGACAUUCGCACACGUCUCAUCAGCGCCUAUGAGGUGCCCAAAGCGCUGCUGUUCCGCGAAAUUGUUAAGCCCGGAGGUUUGGGUGACCGCCGACCGUCGCAGCUACUUCGUGACAUGCGCAACAGCAUGCCACCCAGCAUAGGCGAAGACGCGUUAAAAAAAUUUUGGCUACAGAAACUCCCGUCGAACGUUCCCGCCAUCCUCGUGGGUCUCGGCGCACAGUUGGACGAACUGGCCGCACGCGCAGACCGUAUUUUGGACGUGUCCAACCCGCAGAGCCUUGAUGUCCUAUCCAAAGAACAGUUUAGCGACCUGGCCGGCGCUGUGUCCGCGUUGUCACAGCAAGUCAGGUCCCUCACGAAAAUCGUCAACUCCACAGAAGGGCCAUCGCGAUCACGGUCACGAGCACCCGCGCGUUCGGACGCAGAGCAGCCGGAGAAAAUGUUUUUUUACCACGCUAAGUUCGGCAAGAGGGCACGCGCUUGUCACUCACCGUGCAGUUUCAAGCAAGAGCCACGCGAAGGUCCCACGUCCGCGCCUGCGGAAAACUAA